AUGUUGGGUAGUGUGAUCCGCCAGGCAGUUUCUCGGCAAAUUGUCCGAAACGCGCCGAUUUCCACGACAGCCGUCGCCGCUCAGACUCAAGCCACUGGAGAGAAGAAAGAGUCGCCGAAGAAGCCGACAAUCUGGAAAAUCGACGAGCACAAGCGUGAACGAUUGGCGAAUUUCGGAAAGUAUGCCGCCGAAUGUCUGCCAAAAUUUGUUCAAAAAGUUCAAUUUGCCGCUGGAGACGAGCUUGAACUUUUGAUUCAUCCAUCUGGAGUUGUUCCAGUUCUAUCCUUCCUCAAGGGAAAUCACUCUGCCCAAUUCACAAAUCUCACUUUCAUCACUGGAAUGGAUGUGCCGACGCGUAAGAAUCGUCUCGAAGUGAUCUACGCUCUGUAUUCGGUUCGAUUCAACGCCAGAGUUCGUGUUCGUACUUAUACCGAUGAAAUCGCUCCGAUCGAUUCGGUCACGCCUGUUUUUAAGGGCGCUGAUUGGUACGAGCGUGAAGUGUACGAUAUGUAUGGAGUCUGGUUCAACAACCACCCGGAUCUCCGCCGAAUUCUCACCGACUACGGAUUCGAGGGUCAUCCAUUCCGCAAAGAUUAUCCACUCUCCGGAUACAAUGAGGUCCGCUACGAUCCAGAAUUGAAGCGUGUCGUCUACGAACCAUCUGAGUUGGCUCAAGAAUUCCGUAAAUUCGAUUUGAACACUCCAUGGGAACAAUUCCCGGCUUUCCGUAACCAAUCGAUCACCAGUGGUUACGAGACGAUUCUUGAAACUGCUGCCGAACCAGCGCCAGCUGCUCCACAGAAUAAAUAA